GCAGACGGUACUGGGCACCGACAUUGUAACGGUGGCAGCGUGCGUCUCGGUGCGUGGCUAGUCGGGAAGUAAACCGAGGGCUGAACAAGGAGUCGAGUGGCAAGCUGAGGUGGCGUUAUCGGGCACAAGUUCAGCGCAAUGGGUCGGGCAACGGCGCUCGGGUUUAAUCGAAUAGUUAUCGGAUCGACACCAUUGGAAAUCAGCGCUCCAACGAUCGGGAUUUGCAUCAUUCGGGUUCGAGUUAUUGGAAAAGAAAUGCUCGACUUUUAAACCAUCAGCAUUCGCAUCACCAACACACAUCAUUCGUCGGAUUAAAACAUUCCCAUUCUAAUCGUCGACAUUUGUUUCGCCGUCGUUGGAACAAUUGAUAUUCGACAGAUCGACUUGCAGAUCAUCACCAUUCACACUUAGCAACACUCGAAUAAUCAGCGUUACGAAUUCGGCAUCGUUCGAACCACGACCACCACCAUCAACAGCAUCAUCGCCAUCAUCAUCACUCGGUUCGAAGAAAAACCCACGACCACUCGGGCGCCGAGAGUUCGCGAGCAAAGAUGAACGCGACGCGCCUGUUCGGCGGAGACGCGAACGUGACGCGCCGCUACCUGACCCUGUACGACAUCGACGUGGCGGCGGACGGCUCGGCAGGGCUGCGCAUCGCCAUCUCCGCCGUCUACUCCCUCGUGUGCGGCGCUGGCCUCCUGGGCAACUUGAUCGUGGUGCUGCUGAUGCGCGCCAAGCAACGAUGGCGCAAGUCGGCCGUGAACACUCUGGUGCUGGGUCUGGCGCUCACCGACUUCCACUUCGUCCUGGUGCUGCCCUUCUGGGCGGCCGACGUGGCGCUGGACUACAGCUGGCCCUUCGGACGCCUCAUGUGCAAGCUCGUGUCGGCCACCACGCUCAUGAACAUGUACGCGAGCGUCUUCUUCCUCACGGCCAUCUGCGUCACGCGCUACCGCUACAUCGCGGCAGCGAUGCGCGCGCGGCCGAGGCCCACGUCGGCCGCGGCCCGUUGGGUGUGCGUCCUAAUCUGGCUGUCGGCCGCGCUCGUCGCCGCCCCGCACGCCGUCUUCGCGAGCACUCGCGCCGUGUCCGGCGACGUCCUCUGCCUCGUUCGAUUCCCCGGCUCGGAGGACGCCGCCCAAUUCUGGCUCGGCCUUUACCAGCUGCAGAAGGUGCUGCUCGGCUUCGCGCUGCCACUGCUGGUCAUCAGCAUCUGCUACCUGCUGCUGCUACGCUACCUGCGGUGCCACGGCGUGCCGGGCGAGCGCCGCAAGUGGCGCGUCACGCUCUCCAUCACCGUCGUGGUGCUCUCCUUCUUCCUCUGCUGGCUGCCCAACCACGCCGUGACGCUGUGGGGCGUGCUGGUCAAGCACAAUGCCGUGCCCUUCGGCAGCGCCUUCUACACGGCGCACACCUACGUGUUCCCCGCCACCGUAUGCCUGGCGCACGCCAACAGCUGCCUGGACCCCGUGCUCUACUGCCUCAUGCGCGCAGAGUUCAGGAAGCGCCUGGCGCGCGCCCUGCACUGCUGCGCGCAGUGCGGCUCUCCCGUGGCUGCGUCGCGCCGCUGUCGCGUACGGCCCAUGGAGCCGCGCGACUCCCAGCAGCAGGAGCAGCAGCUCCAGCAGCAGGCGAUAAUGCAGGAGCAGCAGCUGCAAGUGCAGCAGAUGUGCGCCGCCGAUCUGCUUCAGGCAGCGGACGGGGAUUUAAUAUCCGCGCAGGGGCAGGUGGCGCUGCCGAUGCAGGAACGCUGAGCCGACAGGCGUCUUCGUUGACCCGCAUCUGUAGCAGCAGUAGCAAUAGCGUGGCCAAUAGUCGCGCCGCUUGCAGCAGCGGCAGCACAGUCGGUGAUCGCAGAGUAAACAGCAGCAGCUGUAGUCGUGUACUCCUGUAAGUAGCGGCGGUGUGAGUCACUACCAGUAGCGGAGUUCGUAACUCAGCAGGAGCAGCGGCACCAGGCCAUCUGUUCCAAUAGCAUCGUCAUAACCACCACCACCACAAGCAGCGGAAGCUGCUGCACAAUACCUACCGCCACUUUGAUCAGUCCACUGCUGGAUAAGAGAGAGCCCCUCCCCAUCGCCGCACGCCAUGCGACGGGUCGUGAGGGUUCGUUGACCAUACUUCACCACGCCGGUCAGUGCGCGUUGGGGAAGGCGGGCUGUAAAGUUUGGACGUGAGCCUAGAAGCACAGUACAACCCAAUAAACGAAGCUGCACUGCCCUCUGCUGAGCACCACGUAGCUCCACAGCAGCCGAUAGCAACCCGUUGCGCAUGGUGGUCGCCCAUCCAAGCACAUAGACAGGCUCACAGUUGCUUAGCUUGUGAGACUUGACGAGAAUAGGCGACAUCUCUAUGACUAAGACGACUCUUAAACAACAUCGACGCCUCUCGUGUCCUGGCUGGCUGCUGGCUGUUCUUCUGUCCACCCCAACAGUGACACGGUUGUGAGCGGCUGCUGCAGGGCAGUUGCCACUCAAGCUUGACGGGUAACUGGCUAAACGAGAUUUUCCGUGGAACAAAUACACAUUGAGUUGAUUGGAAACGGCGGAAGAUGAAGUUCGGAAGACAUUUAAUAAUAACAAUAAUGGCAAUGAUGAUCAAAGUAAUAGCAGCACAGAAGAGGUGGGGGAAAGGAAUACAGAAUACCGAGCACGAUUAAUUUAGCAUUGUUAUUACUUUACAAUUUGUUCUCCUAUUCAAGUUAUUAUUUCGCCGGAACAGCCUUGAAAUCCUGGAGGAUAUAAUUACAUAUUCGGAACACGCAUUACCUCCUCAUUUCACCAUUUCAUUCAAAGGCAGAUUACUUGCAGUGCUCC